GGGGGUGCUUGCUAUCAGAGCAUUUUGCCUAGAAAUGAAGAGCAUGCAAAUGAAAUGCAAAUUAGCCUCUAUUGUCCCCAGCUAGGGAGCUUUUGCUAAGAAGGCUGCUGGAUUCUGAAGGUUUUAAUGUGGGAGUGGUCGUCAUGCCCUCCAAACUCUCCCAGUCACCCCUUUUCCCAAGACUGGUCCUGCAGUUCCAGGAGUUUCUGGGUAGGGGCCAGCCCCAGCCCCUGCCCUCACAUCUCUGGGCAUGAAGCAGCCAGCACCUUUGUAAUCAGGCUCAAUGUCAAUGUGCCCCCCACUCCCAGGGCAGCAUCUCCCCUACCCUAGCUUCAUUAGACUUCUCCUGAAUGUUCACAUUCACUUUUAUUGGAUGUGGUAAGGAGGUAUAGCUCAGCCUCUUCCCUCCUUCUGUCCCUUCUUCCAUCAGGUCAGAGGUCUCCUAUCCCCCUCAAACCCCCACAGGAGUCACCACCCCAGGGCCAGCAUAUGGGUGAGGGGGCACCCCCUGGGGCCUGAGCUGCCCCACACAGGAUGCCCCGUGACCCCCGCUUCAUGCCCUUGCUGCUACUGCUGUUGCUGCUCUCACUUCCCCACACCCAGGCUGCCUUUCCCCAGGACCCCCUCCCUCUGCUGACCUCUGACCUGCAAGGUAUUUCCCCAUUAUCCUGGUUCCGGGGCCUGGAGGAUGACGCUGUGGUUGCAGAACUUGGGCUGGACUUUCAGAGAUUCCUGACCUUGAACCGGACCUUGCUAGUGGCUGCGCGGGAUCACGUUUUCUCCUUCGAUCUUCAAGCCCAAGAAGAAGGGGAGGGGCUAGUGCCCAACAAGUAUCUAACAUGGAGGAGUCAAGACAUGGAGAACUGUGCCGUGCGGGGGAAGCUGACGGACGAGUGCUACAACUACAUUCGUGUUCUCGUUCCCUGGGACUCCCAGACACUCCUUGCCUGUGGAACAAACUCAUUCAGCCCCGUGUGCCGCAGUUAUGGGAUAACUUCGCUGCAGCAGGAGGGUGAGGAGCUGAGCGGGCAGGCUCGAUGCCCCUUUGAUGCCACCCAGUCCAACGUGGCCGUCUUUGCAGAGGGCAGCCUGUAUUCAGCCACAGCCGCGGAUUUCCAGGCCAGUGAUGCUGUGGUUUACAGAAGCCUUGGGCCUCAGCCCCCACUCCGCUCCGCCAAGUACGACUCCAAGUGGCUCCGAGAGCCACACUUUGUCCACGCUUUGGAGCAUGGAGACCAUGUCUACUUCUUCUUCCGAGAAGUCUCUGUGGAGGAUGCCCGGCUGGGGAGGGUACAGUUCUCCCGUGUGGCCCGUGUGUGUAAGCGUGACAUGGGCGGCUCACCUCGGGCCUUGGACCGCCACUGGACAUCUUUCCUGAAGCUGCGGCUCAACUGCUCUGUCCCUGGGGACUCUACCUUCUAUUUUGACGUCUUACAGGCCUUGACAGGGCCUGUGAACUUGUAUGGCCGCUCUGCUCUCUUUGGGGUCUUCACCACCCAGACCAAUAGCAUCCCCGGCUCUGCGGUCUGUGCCUUCUACCUGGAUGAUAUUGAGCGUGGGUUUGAGGGAAAGUUCAAGGAGCAGAGGAGUCUGGAUGGGGCCUGGACCCCUGUGUCUGAGGACAGGGUCCCCUCCCCCAGGCCAGGAUCCUGUGCAGGAGUAGGUGUAGCUGCAUUGUUCCCCUCUUCUCGAGACCUCCCUGAUGAUGUCCUGACCUUCAUCAAGGCUCACCCACUCCUGGACCCUGCCGUGCCACCUGCCACCCAUCAACCUCUGCUUACCUUCACCAGCAGGGCCCUACUGACCCAGGUAGCUGUGGAUGGCAUGGCUGGUCCUUACAGUAAUACCACAGUCCUGUUCCUUGGCUCCAACGAUGGGACAGUGCUGAAGGUGCUGCCCCCAUGGGGGCAAUCUGGGGGCCCUGAGCCCAUUCUGUUGGAAGAGAUCGAUGCCUACAGCCCCUCCCGGUGCAGUGGGAAGCGGGCAGCCCAAACAGCACGGCGGGUCACAGGGCUGGAGCUGGACACUGAAGGUCACAGGCUCUUUGUGGCUUUUUCUGGCUGUAUCAUCUACCUCCCUCUCAGUCGAUGUGCCCGGCAUGGGGCCUGUCGGAGGAGCUGUCUGGCUUCUCAGGACCCAUACUGUGGAUGGGACAGCUCCAGAGGCUGUGUGGAUAUCAGGGGACCUGGUGGGAUUGAUGUGCAUCCAGCCGGGAACCAGGAAUCCAUGGAGCACGAUGACUGCCAAGAUGGAGCUACUGGGAGUCAGUCUGGCACAGGGGAUUCUGCUUAUGGCGUGCGACGGGACCUCCCGCCAGCCUCAGUCUCCCGCGCCGUCCCCAUCCCACUCCUCCUGGCCUGUGUGGCCGCAGCCUUCGCCCUGGGCGCCUCGGUCUCUGGCCUCCUGGUCUCCUGCGCUUGUCGCCGCGCCCACAGACGUCGGAGCAAGGAUAUCGAGACUGCGGGGCUCCCGCGCCCUCUCUCCCUUCGCAGCUUGGCCCGUCUGCACGGGGCGGGCCCAGAGCCGCAGCCAACGUCCAAGGACGGAGGGGGCGCACAGACACCCCAGCUCUACACCACCUUCCUGCCUCCUCCCGAGGGCGUACCCCCGCCGGAGCUGGCUUGCCUGCCCACCCCGGAGUCCACGCCGGAGCUGCCGGUCAAGCACCUCCGCCACGCCGGGGGUCCCUGGGAGUGGAACCAGAACGGGAACAACGCCAAGGAGGGCCGGGGCCGCGCCCGGGGCGGGAACACGGCGGGCGGCCCCGCGCCGCGCGUGCUGGUGAGGCCGCCGCCGCCCGGCUGUCCCGGGCAGGCCGUGGAAGUCACCACCCUGGAGGAACUGCUGCGCUACCUGCACGGCCCGCAGCCGCCCAGGAAGGAGGUCGAGCCCCCGGCCGCCGCCCCUUUCACCUCGCGGGCGCUGCCGCCCGAGCCCGCCCCCGCCCUCUUUGCCGGCCCCUGCCUGCUCCCCCGGGACUGUGCCACGCCUCGGAGGCUGGACGUGCCCCCGGAGGGCAAGCGCCCGGCCCCCGCCACCCGGCCUGCUCUCUCCGCCCCAGCUCCCCGGCUCGGGGUGGGCGGCAGCCGGAGGUUGCCCUUCUCCACGCACCGUGCACCCCCCGCGCUGCUCACCCGAGUCCCCUCGGGAGGCCCCUCCAGGUACUCCGGGGGUGCCGGGAGACACCUCCUGUACCUGGGCCGGCCUGAGGGGCACCGGGGCCGCGCCCUGAAGAGGGUGGACGUCGAGAAGCCCCAGGUGCCCCUGAAGCCUCCCCUCGUCGGGCCUUCCUCGCAGUCGGCCGUCCCUAGUGGCAACCAUUUUAACUUUUAAAGGGAGCUGCUCCAAGGCCUCAAAUGGUACCCUCGAGGCCCAUGCCCUCAGAGGCCGUGAGCGUGGACGCAUCUCCAAGGACAGAUCACCUCCCUCUCUCCUUGUUCCACACCUCCAGCCUUCCUGGACUCUGAGAGUCUCCCGGGGUCCCCGCCCGCCUCGGGUUUAUUUAUUGACUGCCGACUGUCUUUCCCCCGUCCUCGAGAGAGGAGUGGGAGGUGAGAAACUCGCCCCCUCAGUGAGCCAGCUUUUCGGGGGGAACUGGCACACUCCCACUCCCCCACCUCCCUCAGCCAAGCUGCCUUAACUCGCCCCUCCGGGCCUCCACAGACUGGGCCCCGGGCGGGCCGCACGGCGGACGGACGGGGCUGCGCCACGCCCGUUGUGUAGAGUCCUCGGGCCUCCUGGGACGUGCCUCCUCCUACUGUGUAGGAGCCUCCCCUUCCCAAUACAGCUGUGUCCCCGA